AUAAAGUAUGUAAAAUAAAUAUCCGUGUGACGGAUGUUUACACCACAUGUGAGACUACGGCACGGUGAAACCCAACUAUCAUCCUUGUUACCUCUACAUCCAAUCUUAAUUCGCCCUGCUUUCCUCUCAGCCAAUAGAAUUCCCGCAUGUUCUAGAAUGCCCGCCCCUCCGCUAGUCUGUCGCUGUCCUCUCCGGCGUUGUCAUCUCCAAACAUGUCCAACAUGUCCACACAGAGGACAUAAACCAUUCAAAAUUGUUUGUUUGAUCCCGUCACGAUGAGCGGCGUCUGUAGAGAAGUCGUCACUCUUCAGCUCGGACAUUAUUCGAACUUUGUCGGGACUCACUGGUGGAAUUUACAGGAUGCGUCUUUAUCAUACGACCCGGAGACACCGCCUGGUGAGAUCCAGAGCGAUGUCAUGUUUCGUGAAGGUCAGACUCUGGGCGGACACGUCACCUACACGCCUCGCCUCAUUGCCAUGGAUCUCAAAGGAAGUUUGCAGACUCUGCGACAGGAAGGACAUCUGUAUGACGCGGGCAAAGACACGUCUGCUGUCACAUGGGAGGGAAACCUAAGGAUGCACAAACAAAGUCCACCAGCAAAGAACAGCUUUCUAGAAGAGCUGGACAAGUUUGACAAAGGAGAGAAUCUCACAGAGGUUGGUUUCUCCUCACAACCUCAGCACUCAGCAAGUUCAGUGAGUGUGGACACGGUCAACAGUCACCUGGCUAAAGUGCAGAAGCACUACAGACUGGAGGGCAACGUGAAGGUGUGGUCCGAUUUCCUCAGGAUCCACCUUCACCCUCGCACCAUCUCUGUCAUCCACCAGUACAACCAUGACGGGGAGGCUCAUCGGCUUGAGGCGUUUGGUCAGGGAGAGUCUCUCCUGCAGGGGGCACUGCUCGAGAACCUUGAGGACAGACUGCACUUCUUCAUCGAAGAGUGCGAUUAUCUUCAGGGUUUCCAGGUGUUGUGUGAUAUGGCCGAUGGCUUCGCGGGCCUGGGGUCAAAGGUCACAGAGAUGCUACAGGACUCGUAUGGUGGAAGAGGAAUCCUCACCUGGGGUUUAGCACCUGUCAGUCACCCAGACUCGACUCCAGUGAAGGACUUGUAUCAUCUGCUGAACUGCACGUUAGCGACGGCCCACCUAGCCAAUCACAGCUCCUUCUUCUGUCCUCUGACUCUUCGUGGUGGACUCGGGAGACGACCCUCGUCCCCCAUAACUUUCCCUCACCUCAAUUAUGACGCGUCACUGUGGUUUCACUCCAGCGCCGUCUUGGCUCUGGCCUUGGACGCUCUCACUGUGCCUUACAGGCUGAGAAACAACAGUGUCCCCAUGUGGCAGGUGGCCGAAACGCUGGCCGUUUCGGGCAGAAAGGUGGUGGCUGCGUACGGCGCGGUCCCCUUUCCCAUGACACACGGCAGCACUCUGCCCAGCGCUCUGAGUGCCUGCUCAGACGCUCUGCCGUGGAAACCUCUGUCCGCCUGCUCUGAACUAGGCGAUGGUCGAUGCUACGGACAGUGGACGAUGCUCAGAGGCUACGAAGGACAGAGACUCAUCAGCUCUUUGACUCCGGGGACUAAACCUCCCACUCCCCUGCACAGUCUCUACAGCGGGGAAGACGUCCUGUCGUCCUACAUCAGAUCUUUCUACCCUUCUUCUCCUCUCGCUCUGCAGCUGGUGUCCACUCCCAGUAGACUGACGCCACCUUUCCCUCAGAUUUUCAGUUCGUCCAUAAAUCCUCAAGGUUUCCUGCAGAGUCAGCCUCCUUUACCUUCCUCCUCUGUGGUUUCGUCCGUUCCUGUCAUGGCGUCCCUCCAGUCGGGCCCAGCGCUCGGCUCCUGGCUGUCGCAGCUGCAUGGUGGCGUCAGUGCGUUCGACCUCCGCCGCGUGGCCCCCAGCUUCCUGUCCCAAGGGCCUGAAAUAGCCGACUACGAGGAGGCCCUGGAGCAGCUGCGCAUCAUGGCCCGGUGUUACCGCGAUGACGGUGGCGGGACGACGCGCUCUUCCUCCGAAGAGGAUGACGACUGAUGUUGUGACCUGCGCGUCUUCAGACAGAUGAGUGCUGGAUUGCACAACAGGAAGAGGACAGUUUCUCUGAGGCUGAAAUAGAAGCAUGGGGAGCAAAGAUGAUACAUUUGUAUGGGGUGAGAUAACUUCACACAUACUCGGUUGGGAUUUAUUCAACAUGAAUAGGAAUUGGCAACCGUGGUAAUAUAAUUCAAAAAGUUAUGAGAAAAUAAAUACACAUGCGAAGUGCAAUUUUACGAUUGUGGGUUCUUUAUUGUGAAUAUGAAUCUACAGUUGUCGCAUAACUGUCAAAAUACGCCACAGGGGCCAUUGAUUUCACACACUGCGCAUGCAUUCACAGCUAGUGCUGAGAUAAACGAGGUGGAAGCAUGGAUGCAUUAUGAGAACUGGAUCGAGCUCCGCCCCCUUGGCUACGUUCAUUUCUAUGGAGCUGCUCACCCAGCACAUAGGCCAGAAAAGUUUCUGACUUCUGGGUUUAUUUCCGGGUCAUGCGGCCCAUAGAGCAUACGCAGUAGUGUUACUCGAGGGGCAUCAUUAAUGUAAGACCUGUUUAGUUUAUAGCUAAAACAAAGACGAGGUAUUAUCUCAGGCCUGUAUAAAGGGCUUAUAAACAUGAAAACACACUCGACCCUUAUACAUUAAAACAAAAUGGGAAAUGGAAGGAGGAAUAGAUAAAACAGAGGAAGAAUGGAUAACAAUAUGAGCAUAUUAAUGGAAAUGUAGGGUCUCAGAGAGCUGGAGGGUAUUUGGUUGGAAAAGCCUGAUAAGAUAUUUUAUUACACCUUAACAAAAAUCUCACUAUGACGGUAACUCUGUAAUGUUAUUAUAACGUAUUGGAAGGGAAUGCAUACUACAAUACCAGAGAUUUUUGGAAGGCAAUUGCCUCUGGAAUGGAAAGUUUUAUUAUUUUUGGACUCAUGCUCAAUGAUGGAAAA